UGAAGUAUCUUACAGAUAUUACUAUAAAUUUUGUGUUAUGGUUGUUCAUAUUUUUUUUAUUGAAGCCGGAAAGUGUGGACAAUUGCUGUAAAAAUCUUGAUCAUGGAUUGUUUGAAUCAUAAUUUAGUUGCUCUCGAUACGGUUUAUGUUUUAAAUAAACAUGCAAUUCAAAUGUUUGUUGUUAAAUUCUUGUCAUUGUGGAAUGUUAUAUUCAGGUUUAUUUUUACGAAAAUAAAAUCAAUUGAAGUAAAAUGAACUUUUGGUGAAUUUCUUUGUUAUCUUUUUUUCUUUUCUUUUCUUUUUUUUGGGAAAUUUUGUCCUAUUAUUUGUCACAUCAACUUUGCCAUGAUUUUUAAAGGAAUAAAUGUAUAUCACAUUAUUUUAAUUACCAAUGGCCAUUUGUGUAUUUUUCAAUAAAAAUAGAUUGUAUGUUGAUGUUGAAUUAAAACGUCAAAAUAUUUUUUAUGACUACUUGUUUAACUAGUUACUGUGUUUUCAUUGAAUUUAUUUAUUAAUAUAAACUUUUAUUGGAAUAAUUACUGUUUGAGGAUUGUUUUUUAUUAUUCCUAGAUAGAAUGAGGGUUUAGAUUGUAAAUAAUGGAGUUAGUUAGCUGAUAGUAAGUGGUAAUCUGUUAUAUUGUAAUGUUCUAGCUUCAUAUUUCAAUUAAUGGAACAUCUUUACAAUUUUCUCUGAUAAUCCUAACUUCUCCAUGAACAACACUGCUGGAAGUAAUGACUCUUCUCAAAUAAAUUUGAUCAAUAAUCAAUAUCAACAACUAAGUGGUCAGUUUCAACAAUUAAUGUCUAUGAUGAAUGCUGUAAAGAAUGGAGGUAAUUCUGUUGACAAGAAUGGAGUUACAGAUUCUCAAGACAUUGGAAAUUCUUCUAGCACCAAUUUUGCUGGGCCCUUCUAUGAAGAGGCCUCUGGUUCUUGGUAGAUAUCAAUCUGGUCUUUACAUCUUCAAGUCAAGAUCUCAAGGAAAUAAUAGCACUGCUUUGUCUGUUACUUCUGAUUCAAAACAUUCUAAUUCCUAUAUGUUCUUUGUUCAGUCUCUUUGUAAUGUUGUGUCUAGUGAUGAUGUUGUUUCAUUAUGACACAAACGUCUUGGUCAUUUACCAUUGUACAAACUUAAAAG